CAAUAUCACACUCCCUGCAUCUCUAACGUUGUUACUAACAUCCGCGCGGGAUGUUCGGACGUAUCGGAACAUUGCAAAGACACCUAUCCGCCUUCCUCUUCCGGUUGGAGUGAGGACGAUGGGACGCCACCACCAACAUCGCGCAUGUUUUCGACGAUGCGGAUUCGAUGGUAGGCAAGCCUCUUCCGUGGCAUGUAACGUCGAGCGAUUUAUUAGCGUUCAGGAAGGCGAACGCCAGCAGAGAAAGAUGACCGUCGGCUUCCGCUAUGGAUGCACGAGCAUGAAUACUCCGAGGUAGGCUGCAGAUAAGGCCACAUGGUCGCACAGAGCAUGUGCAAGCCAAUCUGCCUUGCGCUGCAUUACUUUCACCUCUUUUUGACUCUCUACGUCAGCCACGCUUUCAUUGGCAUGUCAUUCUCGCAUGUGGCUUAUUGGGGACGGCCAUUGCCGUGCCCGUCUACCUGCAGCACACAUCCGCCUUUCCGACAUCUAAGACAUUGCCUCCCCAUCGAAAGAUUCUUUCAUUUACCCCAUCUACCGCAUCAACUCCAAACACUCUGCCGGUUGAAGUUUCAACACCUCUCUCGCUUCAGUCUCACGAUAUGUCUUCCCCCUCGUAUUCUUGGCCUCGCACCUACAGGACCCUGUGUAUCUGAAACUCGAACGCCCGUCCCCUGUCCUCAUAUCGUGUUCGCAACCAUCCCUCUUCUCAAUCCUUCAUCCAUGCGCUUUGCUUUCGCACGUAUUGACGCCACAUCCCGCGUCUCUGGCCACCGGUGUCGCUUUCACGUGGCUAGUAAUUUUGACAGCGGGCUCUUGCGCAAGUGACAUACAUGUUGCGCGCUCAGACCUCGCUCAGACCUCGCCCAGACAAUGGUUUUCCGGAACGGGAAGGUGCCGUGAACACCCUCCGAGGAUAAGUCGGACCCCAGAGAUCGUUCGCGAAGGAUUCGCAG